UAGCCAAAGCGUGCCACGCUUCACGAGCGACAGACGCGAUGAUUGUAAUAUUUUGUCUGUUAUUUUGUUUAACCAAUGCGUUUGAGUCGCGCAUAGUUAGUACCAGUCAGGGACCAGUGAAAGGGUACAAAGAUGAUGGGCUGUACAGUUUCUAUAGUGUGCCAUACGCCAAGGCUCCGACUGGAAGAGAUAGAUUCAAGGCACCGCUACCAGCUGCGGAUCGGCCUUACGUGCUUGAAGCUGUCGACAAAGGCAUCACCUGUCCACAACAAGAUUUAUCCAUGAUGGUAAAACGGAGUUUGCUACCAACAGAAGACUGUUUGAUUGCAAACAUUUUCGUACCGGAUACCACAAAAACAAAUCUACCAGUAAUAGUCUAUGUGCACGGUGGAGGCUAUAUAGCCUGUUACGGAAAUUUAGUAACUUAUAAGAAUUUAGUGAAAAGCAAAGAUGUGAUUGUCGUCACUUUUAAUUACCGGCUAGGAGCGCAUGGAUUUCUUUGUUUGGGGACAGAAGAUAUCCCUGGCAAUGCUGGUAUGAAGGAUCAAGUCGCUCUUCUGCGUUGGGUUAAGGAGAACAUAGCAAAUUUCGGCGGGAACCCAGAAGAAGUCACCUUAGCUGGUUAUAGCGCCGGAUCGUCAUCUGUCGAUCUACUCAUGCUGUCACAUACAACGAAAGGUCUAUUCAAAAGAGUGAUACCAGAAAGUGGCGCGAAUACAGCAGCUUGGAGUGUUCAAACUGAUCCAAUUAAAAAUGCUCAAGAAUAUGGGAAAAUUAUAAACUUUACCGAUUACACAAACGUGGAAGCCCUCCAAGAGUUUUAUAAAACUGUUUCAUACGAAAUUCUCACUUCUGGUGAAAUGAGUCUUCUAAGUCGAACUGACUCCACAUUCUUAAUGUCUCCCUGUGUAGAGCGUGAAACAGAUGAAGAAGAGUUUCUCACUGAGAGUCCGGUAAACAUCUUAAAGAGUGGGAAGUAUAAUAAAGUACCGAUGCUGUAUGGUUUCGCUGCUAUGGAGGGCCUAUUGAGGAAAGACACCUUCGAUCAAUGGAAAAAUGAAAUGAACGAAGAUUUUGCUCAAUUUCUACCACCGGAUUUGCAGUUUGAAGAUGAUAAGGAAAAAGCGAUGGUUGCUGAGAAAAUUAAGAAAUUUUACUUUGGAAAUGAGCCGGUUAGUAACGAGAAGGUUUUGAGUUAUGUAGACUUUUUCUCGGAUGUCUUCUUCACAUAUGCGACACUGAGAUCUGUUAAGUUGCAUGUGGAAGCGGGCCAUGAUAAGAUAUAUCUGUAUGAAUAUUCCUUUGUACAUGAUGAUAUACCCACAAUACCGUACACAAAUGUGCGUGGAGCAGCUCACUGCGCCCAAUCUAGCGAUGUGGGAGAUGGGAAUUUUACACAUAUGGAUGAAGGGCUCUUCUCAAAGCCUGCCAGGGAUAUGAAGCAGACUGUACGAGAUCUUUGGUACAACUUUGUUAGUACAGGUCAACCAGUACCAGAGGGAUCUGACUUCCCGUCAUGGCCACCAGUAGGCAAAGAUUGGACUCCAUACAUGGUGAUAGACAAUCCUAUGCGCCUGAGUGAUUCAUUGCUGAAGGAAAGAACACAGUUCUGGGAUGAGAUUUACUCAAAGUACUACCGCCAGCCGUCUCCACCAUCUAUUUCAGCAACCAUAGACCACACUGAAUUAUAGAUAGUGUUAAUGGUAUAUUAGAAUACGUAAUAUUAUACACAGAAAAAUAUCUUUUCAUUAAUUUAAUUAUUAUAAAGCAUUAAAUAGUUAAAUAAAUUUUAUUUUAUAUCACGGUAUGCCGGUGUCGGUUUUUGUGACGGUGUACAGGUAUCGGUUUUUUGUGAUGGUGUGCGCGCGCAUCGUAAAAAUUUAUUCUCACCAUUUUUCCCUAACGCGCGAAAGAUGUAUCACUUCAAAAAUAUUUGUGUUGUAAUAAAUUAUCUGCAUGUCAUGACAUCAUCGUCAUCGUCUGCGAAAUAAUUGUGUUUCGAUAUGGUUUCUAAUGAAUAUUCUUUCAGUUAUAUAAAACAUCAUCAAUGGCUAUAGAGCCCCUUAUGGGUCUUAGCCUGCUCAAGUUAUCCCCAUCGCAAUCUAUUUCGUGCUUCUUAUGUCCAACUUCAAACACCCACUGUUCUUAACAAAUGCGACCAGCGAAGCGUCGGUCUACCGGUCUCUUACCACGAGGUUGUGACUUCAGUAAGGACCUGUCGUCCACCAUUCGGUGGACAUAUACCACAUGAAAUCGAGAACAUUCAGCUUUUUGAUAAAUAAAUGUUUUUGUAU